AUGGGGUCUCAGCCCAUUGCCGAACCUUGGGAUCGACCCUCUGCAGCUCAUUUUCAGGGUACUGUGUCAACUCGUGAGGUGAUGUACGUACAGAGUAGGACGUGGCCAAAGUACGAUGAGAAGAGGAGGAAGAGCUUAGGGGAUGUUAGGGUUCUUAUACCUGGACAAUACGACCCAUCCUUGUUGCACACCAAAGCGAAGUUGUACUUAGCAUUCGUUCAUCAGGCACCUAACGACGCGCCUGGCAUCAAUUCUGUCACAUCUGAUCCCUUUAAUAACGACUUUGAUCCUUUUGACGAGGACUUUGACCACGUCUACAUUGACAACGAACUCGGAUAUGACCCGAGUAAGGGCUCUAAAGAGACUGACGAAGCGUCGGCCAUCUCUACGUCGCCUCUAGAGCGACCACGGUUGAGGGUAAGCUCAGAAAACCCAUACAAAAAUCAACGGCCUUGGAGAGUAUUUGCUCCUGCGGGCGAAUACCCAGAUAACGAAGAGGAAUAG